GGAUUUUUUUUUGCAAAAUGUAUUUUUAGGGUGAUGCUCUGAGCACUUCCCCCUCCCCGCCCCGCAUCUCCCACCCGGGCAGUAACAGAGGAGAGACUGAAGAAGUUGAGCAUGUCUGAGGCGGAUCAGCCUUGCAGGCAGAGAGGGGGGCAGUAGCUACUCAGAGCAAACCGAGUGCUUGAAGCAGGAUUUGCUGGAAGGGGACGCUUUGAGGAUAAUCAUGCUUCACAGAAGAACGGCACCGACCUCCAGUUGCAUUAAACACAACCUCUUUCAAUAGGGCUCCAGGAAAAAAAAAAGAAUUAUAAGAAUAAUCAUUAAAAAGGCGAAAGGAAUGCUUACUCUGGAACCUGCAUUUGAUGAUCCUCACCAGUCGUGCUGAAUAUCCUCUGUAGUGAUUCUCUCCAGCUUUUGAAUUUGCACCGCUUCAAGACGCAAGAUUGCCACAAAGAAACCUCUAUUUUUUUUACAGCCAAGUAGGAUUGUUUUUUAGCUCAUUCCCCCACAUUUGCCCCCCGACCCUUAUUCUUCUUAUGUGGAUAUGCAAGCAAGAAGAGGAGACUGGACAUUCCCAACAUGCUCUCUCCCUUGAUCUGUCCGUCUAGAGGUUCUGCUUCUACAAACCAAGGGAGUCGAAGAACCGAAGAUGAGGCCCAGUGUGGAGUGCUACUCUCCGAGGUUUUGGCUGGUGCUGGCAGUCCUUGCAACAACAGGGAGCGGGGCCCAUGCCCAGAAAAGCCACCCGAGCAUUGGCAUUGCAGUCAUCCUGGUGGGCACCUCAGACGAAGUGGCCAUCAAAGAUGCCCACGAGAAAGAUGACUUCCACCACCUCUCAGUGGUGCCUCGGGUGGAGCUGGUGGCCAUGAAUGAGACAGAUCCUAAGAGCAUCAUCACCCGCAUCUGUGACCUCAUGUCAGAUCGGAAGAUUCAAGGGGUGGUAUUUGCUGAUGACACAGACCAGGAAGCCAUUGCCCAGAUCCUGGACUUCAUCUCUGCCCAGACCCUCACUCCCAUCCUGGGCAUCCAUGGAGGCUCCUCUAUGAUUAUGGCAGAUAAGGAUGAGUCAUCCAUGUUCUUCCAGUUUGGCCCAUCAAUAGAACAACAAGCUUCUGUCAUGCUCAACAUCAUGGAAGAAUACGACUGGUACAUCUUCUCCAUUGUCACUACUUACUUCCCCGGUUACCAGGACUUUGUGAACAAGAUCCGCAGUACCAUUGAGCAUAGCUUUGUGGGUUGGGAACUGGAGGAGGUCCUCCUGUUGGACAUGUCCCUGGACGAUGGGGACUCAAAGAUCCAGAACCAGCUCAAGAAGCUUCAAAGCCCUGUUAUCCUCCUCUACUGCACAAAAGAAGAGGCCACCUACAUUUUUGAGGUGGCCAACUCUGUGGGUCUGACAGGCUAUGGUUACACGUGGAUCGUGCCCAGCCUGGUGGCAGGGGAUACAGACACUGUGCCAUCUGAGUUUCCCACUGGGCUCAUCUCUGUCUCAUAUGAUGAAUGGGACUACGGUCUUCCUGCCAGAGUAAGGGAUGGAAUAGCCAUAAUCACCACGGCUGCUUCUGAUAUGCUGUCUGAACACAGCUUCAUCCCUGAGCCCAAGAGCAGCUGUUACAACACCCAGGAGAAAAGGAUUUACCAGUCCAACAUGCUCAACAGGUACCUGAUCAAUGUCACCUUUGAAGGCAGGAAUUUGUCGUUCAGUGAGGACGGAUACCAGAUGCAUCCCAAGCUGGUCAUCAUCCUUUUGACCAAGGAGAGGAAGUGGGAGAGGGUGGGAAAAUGGAAGGAAAAAAAGUUGCAGAUGAAGUAUUAUGUGUGGCCACGCUUUGAGCUGUAUCCUGACUCUGAGGAACGUGAGGAUGAUCACCUGAGCAUCGUGACCUUGGAAGAGGCACCAUUUGUCAUUGUGGAGAAUGUGGACCCCCUAAGUGGCACCUGCAUGAGGAACACGGUCCCUUGCCAAAAACGCAUAGUGACUGAGAACAAAACUGAUGAGGAGCCAGACUACAUGAAGAAAUGUUGCAAGGGGUUCUGCAUUGACAUCCUCAAGAAAAUCUCAAAGUCUGUCAAGUUCACCUAUGACCUCUAUUUGGUGACUAAUGGCAAGCAUGGGAAAAAGAUCAAUGGAACGUGGAAUGGAAUGAUUGGAGAGGUCGUCACCAAACGGGCCUAUAUGGCUGUGGGAUCCCUCACCAUUAAUGAGGAGCGUUCAGAAGUGGUGGAUUUCUCUGUGCCCUUCAUUGAGACGGGAAUCAGUGUCAUGGUGUCACGUAGCAAUGGAACUGUCUCACCUUCUGCCUUCUUAGAGCCUUUCAGUGCUGAUGUAUGGGUGAUGAUGUUUGUGAUGCUGCUUAUCAUCUCUGCGGUGGCCGUCUUCGUCUUUGAGUACUUCAGCCCUGUGGGCUAUAAUCGGUGCCUUGCUGAUGGCAGAGAGCCAGGAGGUCCCUCUUUCACCAUUGGCAAAGCUAUCUGGUUGCUGUGGGGGCUGGUGUUCAACAACUCUGUGCCAGUACAGAAUCCCAAGGGUACCACUAGCAAGAUCAUGGUGUCGGUGUGGGCCUUCUUCGCUGUCAUCUUUCUGGCCAGCUACACUGCCAACCUGGCUGCCUUCAUGAUCCAAGAGGAAUACGUGGACCAGGUGUCUGGCUUGAGCGACAAAAAGUUUCAGAAACCAAAUGACUUCUCACCUCCUUUCCGCUUCGGGACGGUUCCUAAUGGCAGUACAGAGAGGAACAUUCGCAACAACUACCCUGAAAUGCACAGCUACAUGGUGAAGUUCAAUCAGAGGGGAGUGGAUGAUGCACUGUUCUCACUGAAGACUGGGAAGUUGGAUGCUUUCAUUUAUGAUGCAGCGGUGUUAAACUACAUGGCUGGCAGAGAUGAAGGCUGCAAACUGGUGACAAUUGGAAGUGGGAAAGUGUUUGCCUCCACUGGCUAUGGCAUUGCCAUCCAAAAGGACUCAGGCUGGAAGCGGCAGGUUGAUCUUGCCAUUCUACAGCUUUUUGGAGAUGGGGAGAUGGAGGAGCUGGAAGCUCUCUGGCUCACUGGCAUUUGUCACAACGAGAAGAAUGAGGUUAUGAGCAGCCAGCUGGAUAUAGAUAACAUGGCGGGUGUCUUCUACAUGCUGGGAGCAGCCAUGGCCCUCAGUCUCAUCACCUUCAUCUGUGAGCACCUCUUCUACUGGCAAUUCCGCCACUGCUUCAUGGGUGUCUGCUCUGGCAAGCCUGGUGUGGUCUUCUCCAUCAGCAGGGGUAUCUACAGCUGCAUCCACGGCGUGGCCAUCGAAGAACGCCAGUCAGCAAUGAACUCCCCCACAGCAACUAUGAACAACACCCAUUCCAACAUCCUCCGCCUGCUUCGGACAGCCAAGAACAUGGCCAACCUGUCAGGGGUCAAUGGCUCACCACAGAGUGCCCUAGACUUUAUCCGCCGCGAGUCAUCAGUCUAUGAUAUCUCUGAGCACCGCCGCAGCUUCACUCAUUCAGACUGUAAAUCCUACAACAACCCCCCCUGCGAGGAGAACCUCUUCAGUGACUAUAUUAGUGAGGUGGAAAGGACCUUUGGCAACCUCCAGCUGAAGGACAGCAACGUGUAUCAGGAUCACUACCACCACCACCACCGCCCCCAUAGCAUCGGCAGCACCAGCUCCAUCGACGGGCUCUAUGACUGUGACAACCCGCCCUUCAAUGCCCAGUCACGGUCCGUCGGGAAGAAGCCCUUGGACCUGGGGUUACCUCCUGCCAAGCACAGCCAGCUAGGUGACCUCUAUGGCAAGUUCUCCUUCAAGAGUGAUCGCUACGGGGGCAGUGGGACCCAUGAUGACCUGAUUCGCUCAGAUGUUUCAGACAUUUCCACUCACACAGUCACCUACGGCAACAUCGAGGGCAAUGCGGCCAAGCGGCGGAAGCAGCAGUACAAGGACAGCCUGAAGAAGCGCCCAGCCUCUGCCAAGUCCCGGCGGGAGUUUGAUGAGAUAGAGCUGGCCUACCGCCGGCGCCCGCCCCGCUCACCUGACCACAAGCGCUACUUCAGGGACAAGGAAGGGCUACGGGACUUCUACCUAGACCAGUUUCGGGCCAAGGAGAACUCGCCGCACUGGGAACAUGUGGACCUGACGGAUAUCUACAAAGAGCGGGGAGAUGAGUUUAAGCGGGACACAGGAGGAGGAGGGGGUGGAUCCUGCACCAACAGGGCCCACCACAAGCACGGCUCGGGCGAGUUUGGCGGAAGCAAUGAGCACAAGCAUGGUGUUGUGAGUGGGGUCCCAGCGCCAUGGGAGAAGAACCUGACCAAUCUAGACUGGGAGGACCGGACCGGGGCUAAUUUCUGCCGCAGUUGCCCUUCUAAGCUGCACAACUACACGCCAUCAGUGGUGGGUCAGAAUUCCACCCGCCAGGCCUGCAUCCGCUGUGAGGCUUGCAAGAAAGCGGGCAACCUGUAUGACAUCAGUGAGGACAACUCACUCCAAGAGCUGGACCAGCCACCUGCCCCUGUGCCCGUGGCCACUAGUGCCACCUCUUCCUCCAAAUAUCCUCAGAGCCCUUCCAAUUCUGCUUCCAAGGUGCAGAAGAAGAACCGCAACAAGCUCCGCCGGCAGCAUUCCUAUGACACCUUUGUGGACCUGCAGAAGGAUGACUCAGCCUUGGCCCCCCGCAGCGUCAGCCUCAAGGACAAGGGCCGGUUUUUGGAGGGGAGCCCCUAUGCCCACAUGUUUGAGAUGCCAGCUAGUGAGACCACCUUUGCCAACAACAAGUCCUCAGUGCCCGCCACCAGCUACCACCACCACAACAACCCCGGCAGCAGUGGGGGCUACAUGCUCAGCAAGUCGCUCUACCCCGACCGGGUCACCCAAAACCCUUUCAUCCCCACUUUUGGGGAUGACCAAUGCUUGCUCCACGGCAGCAAAUCUUAUUUCUUCAGGCAGCCUGUGGUGGCAGGAGGGCCCAAAGCCAGGCCAGACUUCCGAGCCAUUGUCACCACCAACAAGCCGGUGGUCUCAGCCCUUCAUGGGGCUGUGCCAGCCCGUUUCCAGAAGGACAUCUGUAUAGGGAACCAGUCCAACCCCUGUGUGCCUAACAACAAAAACCCCAGGGCUUUCAAUGGCUCCAGCAACGGGCAUGUUUAUGAGAAACUCUCCAGUAUUGAGUCUGAUGUUUGAGUGAGAGGGGAAGAGCGUGGGGAGGGACUGGGGGUGUAUGUGGGGCAUGGGAGGGUGGGGUGGGAUCAAUCCCAUCAGCUACUCUUCUGAGUCGUCCUUAGUUUGUGGGAUACUGGAGUUCUGAGUAGUGCAGCACUGGCGACAAGUGCCACCUCUUUGGUGUCCCCUCUUCGGUGUCCCCUCUUCCUCCUCCCCUUUCUCAAUCCUCCCGUUUUAUCUCUUUUUCCAUGUUCUCACUCCUCCCAUUCUCCUCCUCUCCAUUCCUGGCCAUUGCACUUUACAGUGAUGUCGGAGUUGGAUAUCCUUGCUUGUGAUUUCAGAAAGCAGAGAAAAAGGCAGGGAAGGGAUGGGCUGAGGAGAAGCUGCAGUGACUGUAGUGUUUCACUUCUGCUGGCUCCCAGCAGAGAAAGGCAUGUGCACACACACAUGUGUGUGUGUCAGGAGGAGGCAGCAGAAGCAGUGUAAUGGACAUGCAGGAAAAUAUGCUUGCUCAGCCAACUCUUCCUAAAACUGCCUACAAAGGAGUAGUAUUUAAGACAUGGAGAAAAUGAAGGGGGAAUAACACGACUAACUUGAUGAUGCACUUAUAUGUUAGCUAUAUUGAGGUUCUUGUUACAUUAUUUUGUGAAGACUAUGGGGGUUUAGGGCUGAAAUAUAUAUAUAUAUAUAUAUUUGCGUAUAUGCUGAGAAAUUUUAUGCUAGAAUUUUGAAUUGUCUGCUGGGGAGGUGUGGAGGGAGGGAGAGAAGGCUUGUCUGCAGGUCAGGCUAGUGGUUUCACUGUGGCUAUUACAGCCAUUGAAUCUGUGGCAGACCAGUGGGAGAGAUAGAUAGGCAGUAGAGUCUGAGUUUGGGAAAGCUGAUCAGCAGCCUUUCUGAUUCCAGGGUUGGUUUUCCAAACUCUGACAAAAGAUGCUGGUUUGCACUGAAAUGAGAAGAAUUUGGGGAAAGGGGAACAGGGUUAGUUCAUUAGCUGUGAACUGCUCACUAGCUGUGACAUACUUCAAGGGUGGGAGCAGUAUAUAGUAUGGGUUUGCCUAUAUGCGAGUAUAUACGAUAACUUAUACUUGAAAUGUCUAUGAAGAAAGCAAAAUAAACCCACGAUCCUAUAAGGUGUCUGGAGUACAAACACAGUGGAACAGAGCUUAAGAAUAGGGAAAGGUGGGGAGUUUUUUCACUGUCACUUCAGGGGACACCAAGCCCAUUUUGGUCAUGUUCUUUCAAUGAGAAGGGGAGGGAAAAAAUCCUUCUACUCUCCCUACCCUUGGCCAACAGGUUGGAACAAAAAGAAUAGGGUGCCCGCUGCCAAUGCUGGCAUGGUGCUAGAGAGGAAAAAAGAAAUUUCAUAGAAGGGUGUGUGUGGUGGCAGUGGUGCUGGUGGACUGUUUCAAUGCCUCCUUGCACAUGUGGAAAUGGGAGGAGGGUGUACGCACCCUUGGGAAAUACAUAUGUAUAUUUACUAUUGAAUGUACAGAGGAAGUACACAGCUUGUCUUCCUGGGAAGGGGUGUGCUUGAAUAAAUGCCAGAAAGCACAGAAGCUUGUGCUGAAGGCUGAAGAGAGGACAUGCAAAGCUGAGAUGUGUGUGUACAUGUGUGUGUGCCUCUGUGUGCAAGAGAAAGAUACUAGCACAGGUGCAAAGCUGGAAUAGCCUAGGGUUUCCCAUCCCUGCAGUUGUAGUGACAGCUUUCCCGGUGCACUUAGUAUCGAUAAGAGUGUUUUUUCUUUCCAUUGUAUCAUUUUAGAUGCAACUUAAACUAAAGGAAAAGGAGCAAUGGUAGGAGUGAGAAGUUGAACACCCCAUUCAUAUGUCAUCUUUCUCUUGAGGUGGGGGUGUGGACUGACCUCUCCCUCCUGAGAGAUAUGCCAAAAUCUCUACUGCUUAUUCUGGGUCUGUCCCAGUGUCUCAAUCACCAUGGCUCACCAGGGGAAGGAAGAGUUAAGAGAGUCCUGUGCUGAGAGCAGGGGGAGACUGCUGGGGAUUGACUCUGAAGGGAGAAGGCAGCCCUGCCUUUAUGAGCCACAUUUCUUGGAGCUGAAAGCCACCUCUCUCACAUUCCUCACCACACCAUGGUUGAUUUUAUCUUAUCUUUCUCUUUUUAAGCCAAGAGAAGGCCUUUUCUUUAUUUACCUAUUUAAUUUAUUUAUUUUUUAAGCUGGGGAGGGUGGGAUUUACUUGUAAAGUCAAAGAAUGUGAGGAGAGGGUGGGCAGGGUUGGCGAGGGGAAUAUUUUCUUAUAUUUCACUGAGGAAAUUAAGGAGGGAAGAAGGGGAGAGUCUUUGUGAUGCCACCCCUUAGUCUUUGAGGUAAGGGAACUUCUUACUCUUUCCCUCUUCUCUUAUUACAAGAACAAAUAGGGAAAGAAAAAAGAAAAAAAAAAUCAAACAAAUUAACAGAGCGAUCUGCAAUCCAGAACACAUGGCAGCUUGUCAGACACCUCUGACAGCGGCCACCAAGAAGGCGUUCCUUUCAUUUGUAAAUAUUUCUUUUUUAUUGCGUUUUUGUAUAAAUUGGUGUUUCUCUUCUCGUGAAUAUUCAGGUUGUGGGGUGGGAGGGAGGGGAAGUUUGUUUCUGUUCUGUUUGUUUUCUAUGACUUUUCAGGCUGCGUUUUGGAAGCGGUUUACGCAGGUCGAGGCCGUAUGAAUGAGAAAAAAAAAAAGAGAGAGAGAGAAAGAGAGAGAGAAACCCAUGUGUGUUGUGUUCCCCUGAGGCCCCCUGUAUUGCCCUGUCACCUUUAUCUUCAUGAAUGGAAGACGCCGGACCGUCACUUCAAGCCUUGCCAGCAGGGUUUCAUGUUUUGAUGGGAACACCCCCAAUUCCUUUUUGCAUAUAAACUCUCUGUACCAGCAUCUCUCUGUGGAGCUUGGGCCUCAAGGCACUACACUGUCUUGAUAGUAGUGGGGUGAACCAUCAAGUUGGCCGCUCAGGUUGGACCAUCACUUUGACAUUAAGAGACUUCUCCAAUGCUACUUUGGUUUAGAAAUCCUGGACCUGGGAAAGCUUGUGCUAAUUUCUGGUAUUUCCUAAGGGCUUGGGGUGGGGGAGCUUGACAGCUGAUGAGGGCAGCUAAUCUCUUUGGUGGUUAUCUCGGUACUUUUCCCUCCCUCCCCACCUGGAACAAGGAAACCUGAAGGGUGGCUCUGCAGGGAAAUUAAGCUGAAAACAAACCAAAAAGAAGUUAAUGGAACUUUUUUCAAAUCUCUUCUUAAAGGUUCUGAUUUUUGUGUUCCGGGUUGAAAGUUGGUUCGUAUUUUCUCCGAACUGGUCUGUCCCUUGUUCCACUGAUUGGCAAAUGAUAGUUUGCCAAAAUCAUUAUCUAGUAUUGAUACUGUUGUAGCACUGUUAACACUCUGAGUGCUCUGCAAAUAUAACUGUGCCACAAACCACUCAAAUGAAUGCUCUAGGGCAACCAGAAAAGAAGAACUGGAAGUUCUGGACUGAACCACUGGUCUAACCACAGGAGUCUGGUAUUUUGCCUUCUCCCACAGUAGAUUAGGCCAUGUGUCCAUCAGGUUAAUCCUUUCUCCUAUAAGCGAUCUUUUCUGGUUGUUUUGUUUAUUUUAGUUCUGACAGGUCAACAAGUUUUGGGACAGAGAUGAAGGGGAAGGGGGGAGGGGGGAGGGUGUAAUUCAUAAUCCAGAAAAUAAAUCAAUGAUGUUAUUAAACUCUGAUUAUAUAUUUAGAAUUUUAGAUUUGGUGUAUUUUCAUUGUAAGUCUUCAAGUAAAUCAAACAGGUAAUAUUAGCAGCAGGUGUUGUCUAUACUAGGAAACGACCCAUGUGCUGUGUAUUACCAGGCCAGAAAAGAAUGGAAUUUCAUACCAGAGCCUGACAAAACUCCAUAUCCCCUCCCUUGCCAUUUCUCUCUCUCUACUGUCGGAACACCAGUAUUUUCUGGGGCAGUGGCUGGGAACAUUUCCCCUCUCUGAAGGUUUCUGCACACAAGAAUACUGAACAAAAGCCGUUGUAUCCUAUACCGUUUGGUGACCUCUAUUGAAUAUUUGCAGCCAACCUCCCAGGGAAGAUUAGGUGCCUUUGGCAAUGUUUCUGACAUUUACCUCCUCACUUCUAGCCCCAGGCAUGGCUCUCUGAGAGGUAUUUUCAUGAGCCAUGUUCUUCUGAAGUGGUACUGGAAUGUAUGUACUCAGCUGAAGGAGGAUGUGUAUGAAGGAGACUGAAGAAGUAUUCAGAAAAUAUCAAAAUGUGCCAUUCACAGUGGAAAUCAACUGGCAGGUAGAACUUGCAGCCAUGGAUCUCCACAUCAUAAACAUUGUUGGAGUAUUCACACCAGCUUUUUACUGUAGUGCAACACAACACGGGCUGGUGUAGUAGUUCUUUGUCUCCCAUCACGGCUCCCAGUGAGGGCAGUAUCAGAACUUUCAAUGUCACAUCCUAAGUAGGAAAGAAAAGCUGCAGUCAGGACUUGUUGUCAGUUGAGACAAUGAAGCACACCGGCCCCACCUCCUCAAUAACAAAAAAAAUCCCAUUCUCUCUGAAAUCCAGCAUGCACUGUCAGAACUCUCCAGGCAAGAAACCCAGUGGGUUCAAAAUGUUUAGCAAUAUGCAAGUAUGAACUUUGCCUGUAGGAAAUUGGUACUUCAGUUUCCAGCAUAUGGGGGGAGGAAGGUUCCUUUGUGAUAUCCUGAAGGAUUUGGUGGAGGAGUUAAGAAUUGCCAGGAUGAGCCUCUUCUUCAGCAAUACCUGCUGAUGUUGAGCUCUUCACUUCAAAAAGACACUAGCAUCCAUCUUGAAUAAUGCCCCUUUGUACAUUCAAAUAGAUUUUUCUCACAGCAAAAUUGCCAGCAAAAGAGAGAGGGGGAGACAAAGAAUGAAUAUGAUGGUGGUGACAGGUCAGAGUGAUCAGAGAUACCUCAGGGAUCUUUAUAGGCAAGUCUUUGCUUUAGAGCUUUCUAUCAAAUAUGGCAUAUCCUCCCACCUACAUUGCUUAUCAACAGAUGGAAGGAAGCCUGGGAACACAGCCAGUGAUCAGACUUAGGCCUUUCACACAUCUUCAACUUCAGUCAAGCAACCUUUGGUGAGCCCUUCCCAUGGAGAAGGGUGGGAGGUUGCUCUUCCCCACGCAUUUUUGGUUGCCAAAAAGAAAAGGAGAAGGGAAGGGGAUAAAUAUCAGGGGUGCUGAUGAAAGGACUUUGUGCUGACUCUCUUCACCCUUGCUUUAAGGAAUUACACUUCACGCUUCCUUCUCAGUCCAAGCUGACAAAGGGUAGAGUCCAAUUAUGCUUCCUCUCUGUGGUAUAUGCCUGGCUCACCACAGGACCCUCUGUGAGCCAUGUACGAGAAAGGAACCAAUUUGCUGGCAACAAACGGGGACAGACUCCAAGCCACAAUCUCCUACUGCACCCACUCUUCCCCAUAAGUGCUUCCCUGCUGCUGAACACACCUGGCGUGUCCACCUGGAACACACCUACCAUGCUGCUGGAUGCUGCAGGGCACAUUGAGAUAGUAACUAGUGGGACCCAAAUGUUGUCCCCACAAGGGCUUAUUUUCAAAUUGCAGCCAAAUAGAUUUCCAAGCCAUAGACCCUCGCUGCAUUCACCCACCUACACUUCCCUGUGGCUUCCUCUCUCCUCCCCCAUCAAAGGCAAACUGGGGCGCUGAGUGUCUCACUGGCAAUAUGAAUACUAUUGCUUCAUCUUCAUCACGGGCUCUCUGGACCUGCCUGGAGCUGACUGCAGACAGACCUGGGUGUCUGCCACUAGAAUGGCAACACAAAAAACAUUUUGCAAUUGGCUUUGAGUUCUUUCUCUAUCUCUUGAGCAUCCCCAAAUUCCUCACCUAGCCAUGCCAUUUGAGUGAAUUUUGGCACCCUUCUGUCAUUGCUGACAACAAAACUGGCACGGCAUAAAUCUGCUUGUGUAUAGAAAAAGACAGUGAAACCACAUCACAGAGAGCAGGCCUCAUGUCUGCAAAUGCCAAGGGCACAGUCCCCUGGGUGCUGAGGUAAAAAAAGGAUCUCUGUGAUGUGUUAGCAGUUACAGAUCUCUUAACCUGCUGGCCUUCUGCCGUUAAAGGAACACAGCAACCACUGGUAUACACUCCAACAGGUCAGAAAAAAAUUCCAUGCUAUGGAACAGAGGUUCCUCUGGGCACGCACACUCAUGAGACAUACUGGGGAAGUGAAACAUACAUGAACAAACCCAAUACAGCAGGAAGCUGUGAGGGUUGAGUGACUACACACACACAUAAACAAACAACUUACAUACACACACACACAUAAACACACAACUCACACACAGUAGAUUGCAGUACACUUAAUGACUCUGUCCCACAAUGCAUUUUUGGCAAGUAGGAACAACGUGACCUUUCCUAAUGUUCUGCUGGUAGUUAUUUAAUUUAUGUAUUCACUUUGUGACUUUUACAUCAUCUGCUUUCUUGACUGCAGCAUUACUGUGUAAAUACAUGUGUAUAUAUGUACAGAAACUAGCUCAAGCAAUUAUAUUCAGGAUGGGAAAAGGGUGGGUUUUAUAUCUGUACAGUAUUUCCUUAUUAAAUAAUGGCAUGGGGGGGGUUGGGAAAGUUAACUUUUAAAUUGUGGUUUUAUUGGUCUGUGGUGUUUGAAGUUGUUUCAGUGGUUGCUUUUGCUGGUUCGGAAAGUUUAUCUGGAUGUUAUAUGUGUGUGCCAAGAAAGGGUCCCCAAACAGGGGAGGUUUGGGAUUGGUGAGGGGUGGUGGGUAGCAGAGGGUGUUAAUAAUUUCCUGUAAUAAAAGCCGUGUUGAUUGCUAGGGACUGUUUCUGUGAGGCACAGGGCUGUUUCCUUUUCUAUGUGCUUUGCUCUUUGAUUAUUUUCUCUUCCCUGGUCCCCGUUGUCUUCUCCCUGGGAUGUCAGCAGAGUACAUUUGUUACUGUGGAUUUCAGGGAUCUCCCUAUGGGCCUUCAUCUCCUGACCAACUCUUCCAUCUCCCUCUUUUUGUGGCCUUCCUAGUACCAGUGAGAGGGGAGAUGGCAUGGUCUCGUAUCCUCUGUGUUGACCACUUCACUUCCUCUGCUCUUCUUUGUCCUUCCUCUUAGCAGAACCUCGUUUUCAGGUGUUUUGAUCUCUUCAGCAGCUUACUGUGUCAUCUCCCUGGCCUCUUAUCUGCUUUCCUAUUUUACUCACACCUAUUCUUCAAUUUCAUCUCUAUGCCUCUUCCCUCAGAAUGACUUAUGUUGGCUGUUUGCCCACUCUCCUCUUAUUACUGUCUUGUUGCUCUGUUGUCUUCAUCAACCUGUGCAAUGCUGUGUAGAAGAUGAGUGAAGGGCAGGCCUCUACUACUUCUCUCCUGGAAAAUUCUAGCCAUGACCAGAUUUUUAGAAGAUGAUAUUUCGUAGCUAUUUUUGACUUCUCUGUCACUUUCACUGAAGCAGUGUUCUGCUCCUGCCUUCUCAAGAAAUAAGAAAUAAUCAGUAUGGCAAAUUUGCCUAUGCAAGGGAGCAGUGAAGUUGUAUUUUCUGAGAAAGCCCAGAGAAAGAACAUAAUUUCUGUCCUUGAUGGUUGACUGGUGAAUUUAGAGCAGGAGCGGAUACAGUUUUUAACCACUCCAGGUUGAUCCAUAUCAGGAUCACUAGAGUUUCUUUGCUUUUACUCUACAUGAAUAAAGCAAGGCUGCUGGAGAGAAGUAUGCUAUCUUUUAAAAGCACUUCCUUUAAGUCCUAGAGGCCAUUGGCUUGUAAAGACCUAUGUUCUGCUGUGUUGCAAACCUAGGAGCGAGUGUCUGGUAGUAUUUGCUCCCUUUCUGUCUGAUAAGUUAAUAUAAGCUGGUACUUGGCACUAUCUGCCUAGGGUUUGUGGUCUCAUGUCAUGGCAGUAAGGGAGGAGAGUGAUAGGAUAGUGAAUAAGCCAAUGCAAAACUGGUAGGGGCUCUGGGCAGAUGCCAAAACACCUCCCUCCUUCCCUUUUUGACAAUUUGCAUUGUUCCUUAAUGAACAUCAACCCACCAUCCUUUACGUCCAUGUUACUGGUUGCUUAUCCUUGAAAACACAUGGAUCUGCUGGCCACAGUCUGAGAAAGGGCCAGGCAGUCUCUCUGUGUGUAGUGUGUUGCCAAGUGCCAUGGUCUCUGAGGUUUUGAGUUGUGCUGUAUGAAAUCAUAUGGGCAGUGCAGGGAGCAAUGCAAAGGGUCAGCAUGGUUAUUCAGAGCAGCAGUCUUCUCCCAGUUGCAGCUAACUCUUGUUCAACAUCAUUGCAGACCUGCGUUUCUGAUUUCUGGGUGAGAGAAACCACCACAGCCACAUGGGAAUGGAGCUCUGCUCACAAGGGUGAGCAGGGUAGUUAUACUUCUCAUGUACCCUUGCUAUGACAUUGGCAUUACUGUCCCAGCAUGGUCCACAGUGGUCUGUGUACCUGUAAAUACACGUCUGCAAAUACCUGUCAGUCUGGGAGGAGGUGUAUGUUUGUGCAUUCGAAUGACUCCUGGCAGAACUCCAAACAUGCGUGGACUUGGAAAUGCGGGCCCAUUUAGUGCCAACCCACGAUGUGGGUAGGUAUCUCCUUGGGAGUACAUCCCAUCUAUUACUUAUGACCAAAAGAGUGAGUUACUUUUCUGAGCAUCACCACUUCCUUGCUGUGUUUCCUUUGCUUAUUCUAUGUGCCAACAUUUGUGGGGUGUCCAGAGAGAAUGCAUCCCAUUACAUGAGACUUCUGUCUGCGCCCUUGGACACUGGCUGCUAAGUCCCAUGUCAAGAGGAGAAAGAUGAUACCUGCCCCUGAACAGACAAAAAUCAGUCGAGGGGAUAAGAUUAAAGUUUUGUGCUUUCUCCCUCUGCUUUCCUUCCAGGCCUUGGAACCUGAUUCAUCUUCACAGGCAGCUAAACUCCUGUGAAAUUCAAGGAGCUUUUGGAAAAGCUACUUAGGGGUUUAGAUGCCUGGAAUACUUUUUUUUGGAUUCUUUUCCCUGUGUGGGCCUCUUCCUGCAGUGCAUUUUGCCAGGAUUCAUCUCCCAGGAACUCACCAUGCUUGAACACAGCUUAGAGGGGUUUCCUCUGCUUGGGAUCACCAUGUGUAUGUUGCAUGCCUGUUGCUACUUGUCUGUAUUUCUUGCAUGUGUCUACUUGUGGGGGGCAGGGGUGGGUUCAUAUUGGUAUGUGUAUUUAUGCAGCCUGCACACAUUUGUAUGUGUGGUGCCACGGUGUGUGUGCUUAGGUGUUUGUAUGCAUGUGUUUGAACCAAGAGAAAAUGUUGGAAGCCGUAUGCUGCUAAAGCCAGGUGAUGGGGACUUGCAGGUAACUUGGCAACCCUGUUGUUGCUUACCUGGCAGACCCCAGGCACACCUGCUUUGUUUGGACUCUGGGGGACCAGCUCUGAAUCAGGGCUGGGAUACAGACUCCUCCUGUAGAGGGUUUGAAUAUAGCACCAUUUGAAUAUAGAAAUCCAUUCCAUGUGUUCAUUCACUUCUGUGGUAAAUCCGCUGUGCCACAUUUCCAAACCAUUGUGCCACACUCAUUACCUACUUUGGCCUUAACUGAUAGGUGGAGCAGGAAGACAAUCACAUACUGACCAGUAAGGUCUUUUGGGAGAGAUCUGGUCAAUCUGAUCUGUGACUGAAACAAGACUUCCUUGCUAUUCAUUUUGCUGCCUCCUAGGGCAAUGUGAGCACUGAAAUUCCACUUGCAAGAAAUCUUGUCCUUUCUUGCUCUUGUGUCAGGUAGACACAGGAAAAAGCUGAGCUGAGGUGGAUUGAUCUCCCAUUCCCUCUAUUUGAAAGGACAUCACUGUUGCUGCUUGGAGCUGGUUAGGGAGCUUGCAAAUUCCACACUCUGGAGGGAUUCAGUUUCCUCAGAGGGAACCGUGAAAAGGGAGGGUGGGAGGGAGUGACCUUUCUGCAGCCAUUCUUCAUCCCAUUCAUUUCCAGGAGAGAUUGCAACACUGCUAGCACCAGAGAGGAUGACCUGCUGGGAGGGCCCUACAGUGCCAGCUGGCACAGCAUUUUAACUGGCCAAACUGCUGAACAAGACACUGCUCUCCUCCGUCAGCAGCCAGAAAAGACAAUCAGAACCUGAUGAAGAGAUACCAUAAUUAGUCAGAUGGAGAAGGAGCAACAUUUGGGGGCUAGGGCCCUCAUCAUCUACACUGUAUUAAGUCUGCUUAACCAGCCCUUUAUUGCCGGUGUCACUGGGUCUCUUUGAUAGUUUCUUUUUCUUUAUAUGUAGACUCAUUCUAUCAGACAACAUCUGUCCACCUGCUCUGCUUUCUUCCAUGUCCAGCCACUCUUUCCUCUCCAUCAAAUUGUAUCCUGUGCUCUGCCAGGCUUGUCUUUUAUGGAAGAGAAGAUGUAUGUGUGUGAGUGCUUGUACGUGUGUGUGUAUUAAGUAUUAUUACUACUACCAACAUGCUAUACACCUAAAAGCUCCUAUCAAGCUGGAGCCUUCAAGAGGUGCUGUAGGAAAUGACCUUCCCGCUGGACAGCAGUCAGUGUGGAGGUUAGCACAAAAAGCUGCUAGCUUUGGACGCCUCUUUGCCUGUCUGGUUGCUUUUCCUAUCUUCGGAACAGGCUGUCUCUCACCUGUGAUCAGAAACACAGUAAACUGCUCUUUUUAGCUUUGCGUUUUCAAAAUUUCUAACACGGGGGAAAGAUUGUUGUUUAGCUGUUGAUUUAUUUUGUAUGUUUGCUGUUUGUUUGUUCGUUUACACAGUCCUUUUAGUGGGCGCAGGGAGGUGUUUUCAGCAAUACAACUUUCUGAGACCUCAGUUCUGUGCAGUUAUUUUUUGUAUGGUUCAGCUGUAUUUGGGGUCUUUCCUUUGUACAUGUUUUUCUGGAACGGCAGGGCUGUCUUGAAACGUCUCUUUGCCAGUGACCAAAGCAUCAUCUGUAAUCGGAGGUGAAAACUGGUAUAAAGUGGAGGCAGCAGCCUUUUGGGAAGUAGCUUUUCACUGACUUCCCUCUGGAGUCCCAGAAGACAAAAUAUUUAAUUGUUGCACAGGUGGGUUUUGGAGGUUUUUUUUUGGUUUGGGUUUUUUUUGGCUUCUCCCUCUCUUUUCCUUUUUUUUUUUAAUUUUUCUCUAUUUUUCCCUUAAAAAACAUUUAAACGUUUCUCCAGUGAGCUUUGGCCGUUGAACCAAAAGCUGCUGCAAGGCAGGGAGGCUGUCUGAACUCCAGGUCCUGUCCUCCUGAAGCCAUGCAGGAUUGCCUGGGCGAGGAUGGAGAAAGGCUUUUUUUUGGCAGUUUCCAUGGCCAUUCCUGGGACAAGAACCCUGUGGCUGCUGAGGGGCCUGACCCAAAGGAAAUGAGCACCCACAGAAGAUCAUCCUCUGGGUCAGGCUGGAGAACAGGCAGGGGAAAUGGCUCACUGGCCCCUGCACAGUCCUUCCUAUGCUGGAGCAGGAGCCAGGCAUGUAGGUCUGCAACAGGGACAAAUGAAUGACCCUAAGUGGGCCAGAGGGGCUCAGCCUUGCCUCUCCUGAGCUAUUUGCAAGUGGUUAGGAACAACCCUCAAUCUAGACAACAUCAUUCAAGACUGAGCAGAGUGUCACAAACUGUAAAGCAGGGAUUAAAGGUGGUGCAUGGGUAUCUGGCCAGCUCUCAAUAUCAUGACACCUAAGGGAAAGCCCAGCACCUUCAUCCUUUGGUACUUGGAAGUGGCUGAGAACGGUAGUGGAGAACUGUUGUGUCUGCUAGGGUUGGGGCAGGUAGCGUCUCUAGACCUGGUGCAGGUCAGCUUCAGCUGUAUUUGCUUUCUAACUAAUAUACAUUUACUUUGGAGAACACAUUUGAUAAGCUCAGUCUAUCAACCAAAAGAAAAAGAAAUAUGUCUAGUCUAAGUCUUCUACUGCCCAACACUGCUACCUCCUCUUCUCUUGAGCUGUUGGUGUCUUGCGGUGAAGCCGGCCACACAUCAGGCUGUUGAACACAGCAGAUAUAUCCGCUUCUGAGACCAUCUUUGCCUAAAUUUUGCCUCCUCUUCAUACCCUUUAUGCAUGCAAGUGUGUGUGCACACGCACACACACACACACACACACGUACCACAUAAAAACACACACACACACACACACACACACACACACACACACAAGCCCACCUCCAGCCACUCUGCUGGUGAAAAUCAGAGCCACAGAGACAUGAGUGCCAAAUGACUUUUUAUUUCUCAAGUAAAUGAUAUAAAAAGUUUUGUUAUUUUUCUUUUUUUUUUUACAUAUGCAAAUGUAAAAGGGAACCGACAGUGAAUUGGUGGUGGUGAGAGGAAAUGGGAUGUUUUGUAACCCUAGCUGCAGUAAAAAAAAAAAAAAGAAAUGAAAAUCCAUUAAAAAUAUUUAAAAAACACAAAAAGAAAAAAAAAACUUGAACUAUUUUGGAAAUAUUGUGAAUAAUUUUUUGAUAUAAAAACUAAUUUUUAUGUAGCAUGAAAACCACCAAAAUAAAAUGAUCAAGAAUAAAAGCUGUGCAGAGGGUGUUUUUGUUUAGUUAUUGAGGGAAAAGAAAGAAGAGAAAAGCAGUGGCGUAUGAGAGAGGGAUGCUUCUGUCAUGGCUUUUACUGUGUGUUUCUCAACAUAUAAUAUUUUUAUUCAGUCUUGGUAAGUGGACUUUUGUGAUUAUGUAAAACAAAAGAAAAAAGGAAAAACUCAUUUUAUAUGAAAAGGUAAUUUUUAUCUAUGAUUUCUGGGGAGAAAACCUUGAAAACAAAACCAGAAUGAAUCCCAAGGACUCAAAAAACCAAAAGGCAAAUUGAAAAUGGCCAGGAUCUGCUUUUGAAUGUUAGCAGUGAUCACGAUUUUUUUCUUUUUGAUUUAUGAUUGUUGAGUAGUUGAGGUAUCAAUACUGAGGAGGCAGAUAUAAUGGAGGUAAGACAAUAACAAAGGACUGACAAAAUUCUGGGAUUUUGUUAUGUAAGGCACAGGAGUUAAACCAGGGUCUCUUGACAUUUCCUUCUGGAGUAAGGGAACAAGGUAGUGUCCUUUUGCAGGAUAUAUUGGUGCCAUUCUUCAUUCCUUAAAAGAAAAAAUUAACACUCUCCCUCACCAGGUUUCUUAAAGGAAGGAGACUGCCUCUCCCAAUUCCAGACAAAACAGUAUGUCAUAUCAGUGCUCCAGACUCUCUCAGAAAUGAUGGUGGUGGUUCUCUGCUCCACUGAAAGCAGUGAUGUGUCAGUGCUCUUUAUCUCCUUUGGGGUCUCUGACUCUAGGUGCUGGAGCACUGCAUUGCCUUUGAGGAGGUGCUAGCACCCAUCCCACCCUGCUGUGGAUCAAGGUGGAUCGUCAGCGCAUGCUGUGGAUCUUUCUUGCUCAGAGGACAGGAGAUGCUGGUUUCUGGACUCUUCCAGGGAGGUUGGUAGGUUGCUCAGUUCAUUUUGCCUUGAAACUAUUUCACAUGCCUGCAUAUGAAUUUCAGCUUUCCUCCCUCGUGCUCCCAUUUCCCACACAAUCAUUUAAACACUACCCCGUCAGCUAGCAGGGGACCUUCUCUGCUGCUCCUGUCCUUUUUGUCUUGGUGUCUUCUACACUGUAGGCUGAAAGGGAGUAGGCAAAUAGCACACCAUAUAGCUUAAAAUAUGUGUUUGGCACCGAGAAAGAAGGAUGAAAACCAGUGAGGACUCAAUAUCAACCUAGACUACACCUCUAGCAGUGUGCAGAAAAAGAAUCCCGGAUAAAAAUCAAGUCAAGAUACAGUGGACAGGGAGGACCUGGAGGCAAUGGUGGUGUAGACUAACUUGACUGGUAGGUUCUUGAAUUCUGAGCCCCAGAUAUAGGUGUGAAAGGGAAUCCGUGGAAACAUUACCUCUCGGUGGAGGAAAGAGAGGGAGAGUCCUUUUAGCAUAAAAGAGGCCAAAUCCUGAAGCAACUUCUUGGCCUAUCUGGGUCUGAGUUAGCCUGUCUCUGGGGCUUUGGCCAUGUGCUAUGCUAUCUGGAAGUUCUGCCAGGGGCCAUUCUACUCCAACCUCUGUGCUCACUCACCUUCCCUUCCCCAGAGUGAAGCAACAGGCUCAACUCUCCUCUUAGACCCAGAGGGCCUAUUGAUGAAGUAGAACAUCUUGCAUUUUGCUCAACUUAUUUCCACACCAAACUGCUCAGAUCUCAGGUCUUUCAAAGUAGACAUUCAACCAGGCCAGAGGGAGGACAGUAGUCCUUCCAGUACAUACGUACAGCAAAGGCAGGAGUCUGGAGGUUUUGAGCACACAAAUCCUAGAUACUCUUCUUGAAAGAUCUCUGUGCCUUUGUUAAUGUGAGUGCUGCUGGGUUUGUUUGCCCUCAACAAUUCUGUGUGGUCACAGAAUCACAGAAUAUUCUGAGUUGGAAUGUUCAAGUCCAACUCUUCAGUGAGUGGCCCCUCCAGGGAUUGAACCCACAUCCUGGGCAUUAUUAGCACCAGGCUCUAACCAACUCAGCUAAACUCAGGGUCCAUCAGGAAGCCAGGACUGUCAAUGAAGAACAGCUAUUCAAUGUGGCUUUUUGACAAUUUGAACAUGGGGCUAGGAUUGUAGUUAUAGAAAAGGCAUCUGCAAAGAUGUAUAUCCCAUAUCUGGGGAAUAUUAGCUCAUGUUCUUUAUUUAUUGGAGCAAUUUCAGGGCUUCUCUUUGGCCUUUCACAUGUAAGGACUUUUACAUGUGAUAAAGACACUUCCACAGGCUCUUGUCCUUUCCUGCACACAGAUACUCCUUUUUCAGCUUUGGACACUGAACCUUGAUGUUCUAAGAUACAGGUGAAAGCAUCCUAUUUGGAAUGAAAAAGAGCUAGUAGUAAUGAACCAACCACUUCUCCUAGCUUUGCAGCUUCACACUGCUUAGGGACUAACUGUUCAGAUGUUCUUCUUCCUCAAGUCACAGCUCUCUGUGCUGCAGCGGCAAGCCCGUUUGCUGUCCCAGCUGACCUUCCUCAUUCUACAUGCAGGGAGUAAGGGCUUCAUGGACACUUUAUUAUCUGAGGCAUUAGAUUAAAAUUGGAGAAGCAUGACGCUUUGGACCUGUCUCUGUGGCUCUUUGAUUAGUUAUCCUUGCUGAGGAGGCAAGACACUGAGGCCUGCCAGCUGCAAGGUUAAGCUUUGGGUAAGCGAUUGCCCUUCGGCUGCUGUUAGCAGAGGGGACGUGCACUGGAAUGCUAAGUGACUGACACUAUGCGCUCGCUGCUCUUUCAAGACUGGUGUGUAGACUCACAUCAAAGCAGAAAAGAAGGAAUUGGUUUUCUCCAUCCCUAUUUCCCCAGUUCCCAAGGGAAAAUUUCCUGAAAAUGAGAAAUGGAAGGUUCUUCCCUCACUUGGAAACUCUGACUGUUGUCUCUUCAUGUAGAGUAUUGUUUUGCAGUGGUAGAAUAAUGCAGAUCUUUUGGUGGUGUCCAAAUACGGGUUCUGGGCAUGUUUCUACAUCGUUUCUUUUGAGGGAAUAGCAUAGUUUCUGCCACAAAGGGCAGGGCCACUUUCUCUGCCACCUUGGUCUCAAGGGAUGAACCCUGAGUCCAGAGUCUCAAGCACUUAGUGCUUGCUUGGCGCUGUUCAAGUUGCCCUUCUACACACCCUGGACAUAGAGCAACCCCAGGCACCCCCAGCUGGGGGCCAUCAGCACUGAGUGUUGGGAAGAAAUAAACAGUUAAUGCUUUUGCCAUGUUUGCAUCAAGUAGGGAAGGAUUUUUAGAAGCACCUGAUAAUUUUAUUAAAUCAAACCCCAUCUGGUUGAAAGCCAAUAGUGAUUAGAUGCUCAGAUGCCUUUAGAAAUUUCCACUACAGAAGGUAGAAAUGUUUAUUCUUUAAAAAAAUCUCUUUAUGAAGGGUCUGGAGUGACCCUUAAUAGUGAGGUAAACUAAUUGAGUUCUCUUGAGCCUAAACUAUUGUAAUAUUAAUUUCAACUAGCAACUAAUCCUGGAGGAUGCCCUCUGUUGAGCUGAGGAUAGGGAGCUACCUUCAGAGGGUGCAGGACCUCCCUCCUCAAUAGCACCUGCCACAGAGGGGAAACUAGGUAGCACAUUGGCAGGGUUUCAUCAGAAAGGUGUGCUUGGGGAUGUGCAUCGAAUGCAAGCAGUGACUGGUGUCUUCAGGGGUAAUUUUGUGUUAGUCAAAAUGACUCUAUCUCUCCUAACAACAUUAUUGCUGUGGAAUUGGACAGUGUCAGUACCGGUCAUUAAUCUGGGAAGCAGUGAAUAAAGUGAAAUGCUGUGUCAGUAGGGUGAAACCCUGACAUAAAAUUGAUCAAAACCAUUUAGGUGCUGUUUUCAAACAAGAUUUGUCCGUUCAAUGAUUCACUCUGCCACAGUCCUUACUUCAAAGAGUUUGCGAUUUUGAUGCUAAAGACGUUUAUAUUAGCAUUUACAUUAACAAAUAAAUUGUCAGAUGCCAUAGUUUACAUAUAUUAUGCAAAUAUCCUGAAAUCUUGCAUGCAUUUGUGUCUAAAUUUCUUGAGGUUAAAUGAGACAUACACUUUAUAGGGGAAAUAAUUGAGGCAUCCAGAGGUAUGGUAAGCUAGGUGACUUGAUAUGACUUGUAUGAACUGUGAUAAAACCAAAGGGCAGAGGAGAAGGACAUCUGGCAUUUUUAUUUGUGAAAAGUAUUGCAUUCAUGGUUUCUGUUUGGAGAAAGCGGUGUAGGAAUCUCCCUGGGAUAUUCCUAGAAGUAGUGCUCCCAGCUUGUGCUGGGAGACAAGAUUUGGGAUGUUGACGGACUUCAACCUGAAGGGCCAGUCAGGGUCUCAGCCUAGUUGUUUGGGGGGUUUUUUUGAGAUUUGAGAGAGAAACACUCAUCCCUUUGCAGCACUGCGCAAACACCACCCAACUGAUCUUCCCCCACCCUAUAAAGGGAUGAGAUUUUCCUGCACAGGCAGUGGAACAGUGAGGAGAUGAGUCUGUGAUUCCACCCAGGAGCAGACCACAAGACCCUAGACUUGCCUGUCACCACUUCAGUACCUGGCAGAAUGUUUUCUUCUUCUCAUCCCUCUGAAAGUCAUGAAGGGAUGACAGUAUGCCCAGGGCAAUCAGCUUCUGCUUCAGGUGAGUUUGGUGAGAAAUUUGCUAUUCUGGCAGUGCUCUUGUUUUCCAGCUUCGUUUCACUUCUUCCAUUGGGCAAAGCCUUGAGGAUGCUGUAACUCAUCCCAGCCUUAGACAAAGAGAACCUGAAAGACAAAUUGUGGUAGUUUUUGCUUUGCAUUUUUAAUUAGCUCUACUUUUACAGGUAGCAUGAGGAAGUGCUUGUAUGGAUCUGAUCCAGAGAGGUGCUGGGCUGUACAUGCUCUCUCAAGAUGUGUGCAGUACACGAGGCCCAGCCUCUGCUGUCAGCUUGACCUAAUUUCUCUCAGCUGAAGCUCUACUAGGAUUCAAAAUACAUCUCAUUUCCCUUCUGUGGAAUCUUGCACAUCAAGGUCUUAUUGUACUCCUCACAAGUAGUCUUGAGCAUCCCUUUGCUGCUUUUGUCAGGCUGCUACAAACUUUCAGCAUUUACAGGGAGACUGUCAAAAUAUUGUAUAGAAAAUAAUUCCCUUUUUUCAGUUCCACCAGUGUGCAGUAACACCUCAGACUGUCACAUGGAAGAGGCUUCAUCAAGAACCUCUUUGUAUCAUGCAAAGCGCUCAUUCAGCUUGGCAAGUCUUGAUGAAUUUCAUCCAAGACAUCCUGGUCUCUUUGAACAGUGGCUGAAGUUUCUGGCCAACUUCUUCUUGGGCUUUGCUUCCACACCUUGCAGGAUGCUUUGAAGUGCAAACAAACAUGCAACUGGACAGAGGCUUACCUAGCUUCCUUUUGUCUUCAAAAGGCUAGGACAAUAAAACCAGCUUUCCUAGGGUUACAGUUCAGCUUUGUUCAAGUUCCAGCCUCAUUAAUUGCUCCAGAAUUUUAGGUCUGUCUUGCCAGAACCCCUUUAAAUUAUGCAUACUCCUACUUACACAGUCACUGCCACUCUUCAAAUAUUCAAGGGUUCCUUACAUUUAAUUUUGGAUGGUUUACUCUCUCCAGGGAGGAGGCAGUGUUUUAAAAAGAAAUUGCUGACGGAUAAAGUAGAGCUUACAUGACUUGCAGCAAACAGCAAUUUGAGUUCUGAAGAACAUGUGUAUCUUGGACAUGUAAAUUUUACUCAUUUGCAUUUAAAGGGCAUAUGUGACAUACAAUGCUGCUUUCUCAUCCAGUAACAUUAUCAUCCAGUGACAUUAACUUAACGCUUAAUGUCAAGUUUUUAUUAACAUUUACAAGCAUAUUGGGAAAUUAAUUUGUUUACUUGUAUUAUGCAAAACUGAUUUAAGAUCAUGGUUUGCAUUUACACACAUUACAUAGUGUUUCCUGAUUAAUACAUUAUAAUACACACAAAUCAUGUGUAAAUUGCAGGCUCACAUCUGCACCAUAAACUUCAUUUUCUGUAGUGUAAUAUUUGACUUAUCUGGCAGAACUUUUCCAUCAGGUUGCAGUUGAAGUCAAGAUAUCAUAAGGAGGGAAUUAAAACCAGGAAUCAGAGGUGGAUUUUCUGUCUUUUCUUAGUACAUGUUACUUGCCAGUACCCUGCAGUCAUGAAACAGAAGAAGAGGAUGCCAAGGUUAGCUGGCAACAGGAUGAGUUUCAUGUAAUGCUGUGGACCUGGAAUCAGGCUUCUGUGAACACACAGUUUCUGACACACUGAGUUGUGUGCUCAGUGAUUUUAGACUUGGAGUGAAAUGGGUGAGCAGCAAAAGGAGCCAGUGGGAGGGAAUGGGGCAUCAAUCAUCGCUGCCAGUCAUGGCCUGGCUACCUUGGCACUGAUCCUCGUGAAGGGGCUUGGCUGUGUGCAGCAGAGACCCUUGAGACACUCCACUCUGCUCCCUGUAACACCUUUGGCUGAGGAUGUUCAGGGCAGGCUGGCUGGCAUGGGAGGACCAGCGAAGAGUGUGGGGAGAAUAGAAGCAGUGAACACUGAGCAUCUGGUGUGGGGCUGAGACAGGGAUCCAGAAAGGCAGCGCCCUUGCACUGAACAUGGGGGCAAGGGAACACUGGAUACUUCCCCAGUGCAGCGUCUUCCUAUGGGAAAACGCGGUCAAACUCAGGCUUGCCUCAUCUCUCUGAGGCCCUAACCCUACUAUCUUUUCUCCACCAGUCAUGACCUCAUCCUCCUCUUCCAUACACCCUCAUCCCCCCUCCGUUUCUUCUUUCUAUAAAUAACUCUUUCUGAUUUUGGACAAGCAGGGAUCAACAGAUUCUGGAGGGGGGUGGGGAAGACACUUGUUUUGUUUGUUUUUUUUCCUUUCUCUCUUGAAUUUUGGUGUUUGAACUUGAAAAAAUUAUAUAUAUAAACAUAAAAAUAUAUGUAUUUAAGAAAAUGGAUUUCCUGGAGAACUAAGAAAGAAGUUAAUUUUUUCCCCUUUGAUUUCUUCUAUUUCUCACUGGGGUUUGUUUUUUGGGGAAGAGAGUUUUUGUGAACUGUUGAGAUUUACAGUUCAGCAUUGUUUAAAGGAUGUGAAGGGGAAAAAAAGAAAAAGAAGAAAAAUCAACAAAAACAUGAAAAUCCUUGUGGUGUACAAAACCUGUAAAUAGUCAAAGAUACUUUCUCUUUUCUAACAACAAAUUAUUUCUGUCACUUUAUAUUCAAAAAUAAAGAAACGUACCACAGAAUAUCAGGGUUAAAAAAAAUCGUAACCCAAUAUAAGAAUA